CGGACAAGAGCUAGGUUUGUUAAAAUGGCGCGUCUUUUCAUCCUAAUUCUUUGAACUCAAAAACCCUACAAAAAUGGAAAAGUGUAUGAGAAAUGCAUAACAUCCAUGGUUGAAAUGUUAUAUUUCAAUUGCAAACCCUAAUUUGUUCCAAGAAAAAUGAUAUUCUUGUCUGCGUUUGCUCUUCCGGUUACUCACCGUCUUCCUUUCAGAGGCUUUCCAGGAACUUCAGUUUCCUCCUUGCUCAGCUCUGUACUCAAGAAAGGAGGAAGACAUGCCAUUGACUCUUUUGGCAAGAACCAUUGUUCUUUUUCUUCUUCAGUGGAAAUUUCAGAGUUUGAAUAUGAUGGAUUCCAUGAUGAUGGUAAAUCAACUGAGAAAGAUGCAGCACUACAUUUAGCACUUUCACAACUUUCUGGUGAAUUUGAUAGAGAGUCACCAUUGUCUUUACGGCGGUUUUUUGGCAUUCGGCGUGUGCCUGUGAUAUCAACGGGUUCGUUGAAGCUCGAUCUAGCUCUUGGGAUUGGAGGACUACCAAAGGGAAGAUUUGUUGAAAUUUAUGGUCUGGAAGCAUCUGGGAAGACCACACUUGCACUUCACAUUAUUAAGGAAGCUCAAAAGGUUGGAGGCGUUUGUGCUUAUUUUGAUGUAGAGAAUGCAAUAGACCCUUUUCUUGCAGAAUCAAUGGGUGUAGACACACAAAGUCUUCUUAUUUCACAUCCCAAUUCUGCUGAAAAUUUACUUAGUGCUGUUGACACUCUUACAAAAAGUGGAUCUGUAGAUGUCAUUGUGGUUGAUAGUGUAGCAGCCCUUGUACCCCAAUGUGAAAUUGAUGUUUCACUUGGUGGUGUGAGAAAAGAUGAACAAUCACGAAUAAUGACACAAGCCCUUCGAAAAAUACAAUAUUCAUUAUGCAAUUCUCAAACUCUUAUUGUUUUUGUUAAUCAGGUUCGAUUUGGUUCAAAAUCAAGUGAAGGUAUUGAAUAUAUAGAUGAAUACACUUGUGGUGGGAAUGCCUUGAAAUUCUAUGCAGCUAUUCGGUUGAGACUUAAAAAGACUGGACUUCGUGAGACUGAGAAUAAGGAGGUUACUGGUCUUGGGAUCAGUGUUCAAGUGGUAAAAAAUAAACUGGCACCAGCAAUGAAAAAAGCUGAAUUGAGAUUGCAGUUUGGCAGAGGCUUUUGCUGUGAAUCUGAGGUGUUGGAAUUGGCUUGUAAACAUGGAGUCAUUGUGAAAGAAGGAAACAAUUACCUAAUAGAAGGGAAAGUUUUCAGUAAUGAACAUGCAGCUGAGAAACAUCUAGCUGAAAAUGAUGUGAUUUUUGACAAGUUAGUGAGUAUCUUAAGAAGAUUGCUGUUUGAGACCAAAUGAGAGUGUCGGUGAACCUUGGAUGACUGAGCUUCGAGCUCGAUACCAAAUUCAUUGCAGCGCAGAAGGACACAAGCUGCAUUCGAUUCCGUGGUGUUGAUGAAGGUUGAGAUGAUAUCAUAAUUGUCUCAAUCCAUUAAUCGAGAACUCGAUAGAGUUGAUUGUGUGACCAAAGAAUCUGCUGUCGGAUUUAUGUAAAUUGUGAACAUCUAAGCUGCUCCAUUCUCCAAGACCCUUCAUGUCAUAGCAUUCGACAACAGAUCAGAUCAGCUGGCGAUUAAUUAAAUUGAUAGUUAGCAUCUUUUGCUUGUAGAAGGAGCAAUAAAAAUUUGUAUUAGUGAAGGUAAGCAAUCGUAAAAAGGGGAAAAGCAAGCUAAAAGAGCUCUUCCCUUUGCCAUCCAUUGUUUUUUAUCUAUUAAAUUCCCUUUUGACCUAUUCAUAUAUUGACUUCUAUUAUUAUCAUUAAUAUUCAAAUUUAUUGUGGCUGGCUA